AUGCAACUAAAUAGCAGUGUCACAGAGUUUAUAUUGUUAGGAUUGACCCAGGAUCCUCUGAGGCAAAACAUGGUGUUCUUCAUCUUCUCGAUUUUCUACGUGGGAAUGGUGGUGGGGAAUCUGCUCAUUAUUGUGACCAUCAAGGGCAGCCGGACACUGGGGAGCCCCAUGUACUUCUUUCUGUUCUAUUUGUCCUUUGCUGACUCUUGCUUCUCAACAUCCACCGCCCCUAGACUAAUCAUAGAUGCUCUCUCUGCCAAUAAAGUCAUCUCCUACAACGAGUGCAUGACGCAAGUCUUUGCACUCCAUUUAUUUGGCUGCACGGAGAUCUUCGUCCUCAUCCUCAUGGCCGUUGAUCGCUAUGUGGCCAUCUGCAAGCCCUUGAGUUACCCAACCAUCAUGAGCAAGCAAGUGUGUCUCAUCUCGAUCGUGCUUGCCUGGAUGGGGUCUUUUAUACACUCCACAGCUCAGAUUGUCUUGGCGUUGAGAUUGCCAUUCUGUGGACCCAAUCUUAUUGAUCAUUAUUGCUGUGAUUUGCAGCCCUUGUUGAAACUCGCCUGCAUGGACACUCGCAUGACCAACCUGCUGUUGGUGUCGAACAGUGGGGCCAUCUGCUUGGGCAGUUUUGUUUUCCUGAUGAUCUCAUACUUUGUCAUCCUGUGUGCACUCCAGAACCACAGUGCAGAAGGGAGAAAGAAGGCUCUCUCCACUUGCACUUCUCAUGUCAUUGUUGUUGUCUUGUUCUUUGGGCCCUAUAUAUUCAUAUAUACACGUCCCCCAACCACUUUCCCCAUGGACAAGAUGGUGGCCAUAUUCUAUACCAUCGGAACACCAUUUCUCAACCCAAUCAUCUACACACUGAGAAAUGCAGAGGUGGAAAGUGCCAUGAGAAAGUUAUGGCAUAUUAAAAUUACAGCAGAAAUCAAAGGGUGA